AUGCAGAGCCUUUUUCUCUCUGCUCUGGCAUUCAGCGUCACGGCUAAUGCCUAUGCCCCAGGAGCUGCUGGGUGGGAUGCGGCCUACUCAAAGGCCCAAGCAGCCCUUCUUAAGCUAAGUGUAACCGAAAAGGUUGGGAUUGCCACUGGCGUCGGCUGGGGGGCAGGGCCCUGCGUGGGCAACACACAUGCUGUUAGCUCAAUUGAUUAUCCCUCUUUAUGCCUACAGGACUCGCCCUUGGGCAUCCGCUAUGCCAAUCCUGUCACAGCUUUCCCCGCGGGUAUCAAUGCCGGAGCAACUUGGGAUCGUAGUCUCUUGUACGCGCGCGGUGCUGCAAUGGGCGAGGAAGCUAAAGGUCUGGGCGUCCAUGUACAGCUAGGACCGGUCGCCGGGCCUUUAGGAAAGAAUCCCGACGGCGGCAGGAACUGGGAAGGAUUCUCAGUUGACCCGUAUCUCAGUGGAGUUGCCAUGGAAGAGACAAUCCAGGGUAUGCAAGAUUCGGGCGCUCAGGCCUGCGCCAAGCACUGGCUCGGGAAUGAACAAGAGCACAAUCGCGAAACGAUGAGCUCCAACAUUGGCGACCGCGCGACGCAUGAGCUAUAUGUAUGGCCGUUCAUGAAUGCAGUCAGGGCCAAUGUCGCAUCUGUCAUGUGCUCCUAUAACAAAUUGAACCAGACUUGGGCUUGUGAGAGUGAGGCUUUGCACGAUCUUAUGAAGACUGAGUUAGGGUUCCCUGGCUACAUUAUGACCGACUGGAACGCGCAGCACACUGGUGUCGGCAGUGCCGUGGCUGGACUCGACAUGACGAUGCCCGGUAGCGACUUCAAUAACGCGCCUGAAAGCCAAUACUGGGGACCGAAUCUCGUGAAGGCUGUUGAUGACGGCUCUGUGCCCGAAUCGCGUGUGGAUGAUAUGGCAACGCGUAUCCUAGCAGCUUGGUACCUUCUCGAGCAGGAUAAAGGCUACCCUGAGGUCACUUUUAGCUCUUGGGAUGGAGGAAAAGCCAGUGUCGACGUCACAGGAGACCACGCGACAGUCGUCCGUACCGUUGCUCGUGAUUCCAUUGUCCUAUUGAGGAAUGAGGAAGGUACUCUGCCUCUCCAGAAACCCAAGAGCCUGGCAAUCAUUGGACAAGAUGCUAUCGUCAACCCCAAGGGUCCCAAUGCAUGCACAGACCAUGGCUGCAACGACGGCACGCUAGCCAUGGGGUGGGGCAGUGGGACAUCUCAGUUUCCUUACCUCAUUGCUCCUCUUGAUGCAAUCCAAGUCCAGGCCAAAAAGGACGGCACGGAGAUUAUCGAGAGUACGACCGACAGCAGUACGGCUGCUGCCUCCGCUGCCGCAGCGGCAGAGACUGCCGUGGUCUUCAUUAACGCAGACGCCGGCGAAGGUUACAUCACAGUUGAGGACCACGCUGGCGACAGAAACGAUCUCGAUCCGUGGCACAAUGGAAAUGAGCUCGUCAAGGCUGUCGCCGCGGUGAACAAAAAUGUCAUUGUUGUGGUGCACAGUGUGGGGCCUAUUACCCUGGAGACCAUUCUAGCGCAGCCCUCAGUGAAGGCAAUCGUCUGGGCGGGGCUACCGGGCCAGGAAAGCGGAAACGCCCUGGUUGAUGUGCUAUAUGGCAGCACCUCCCCAAGCGGCAAGCUCCCCUACACUAUCGCCAAGCAGGCUUCGGACUACGGGGCUGGCUGGAACAGUGCGCUAGACGACGAUUUCGUCGAAGACUUGUUCAUUGAUUACCGCCAUUUCGACAAGAACGACAUCACCCCGCGCUACGAGUUUGGCUACGGCUUGUCGUAUACGACAUUCAACUACACUGGACUUGUGGUUAGCAUUUCUGCCACAGCUGGUCCAUCGAAUGGACCCAUUGUCCCUGGCGGGGCGGAGGACCUUUUCGAAUCGGUUGGCACUGUCUCUAUCGCUGUCGAGAACACUGGCGAGGUAGCUGGUGCCGAGGUUGCUCAGCUCUAUCUUGGUCUUCCGGACUCGGCGCCAAGCACUCCACCUAAGCAGCUGCGAGGGUUCCAGAAGUUGAAUAUCCAACCGGGAGAGGCGGAGACGGCUACUUUUGAGCUCACUCGACGUGAUUUGAGCUACUGGGAUGUCCAGACACAGAAGUGGGUUGUUCCUGCUGGUGCCUUCACUGUUUAUGUUGGAAGCUCCAGUCGGGAUAUUCGCGAACAGGCGAAAUUUACUGCCGCUUAG